AUGCGUGCGCAUACUUUGUUGGGCCUCUUCUUGGCCUCGCUUUCCUCCUUUGCUCAAGGUGAAGACCUUACCGGCUACGAAUAUGUCGUCGUCGGCUCCGGAGCUGGUGGAGGUCCCGUAGCUGCACGACUGGCUUUGGCCGGCCACAAGACACUUCUCAUUGAAGCCGGCGACGAUCAAGGAGCCAACGUCAACUACACCGUGCCGGCUUACAACGCCAAGGUGUCCGAGGACGAAAAGGUUUCUUGGAACUUUUUUGUCCGCCAUUACGCCGACGAUGAGCAGCAGGCACGAGACUGGAAGACCAGCUACGAUACCCCAGAUGGUGAUAUCUACACUGGACUUGACCCUCCCGAGGGCUCCGUCAUGAAGGGCACCUUGUACCCCCGAACCGGUACCCUCGGAGGCUGCACGGCACACAAUGCCCUCAUUGCCGUGUACCCCCACCAGUCGGAUUUCGAAUAUAUUGCCAACCUGACUGGCGACGACUCAUGGUCGCCUACCAACAUGCGCACCUAUUUUGAGAAGCUCGAAAAGAACCAGUACCUGCUCCCUGGUAUCGAGGGCCAUGGAUACGACGGAUGGCUCGAGACAGAGACUCCGCCCCUGAGCAUCGUCCUCGGCGAUACCCAGCUCCUGUCCAUGCUUACUGGCGGCGCUUGGGCCUUGGGCAACUUGACUGGCGGCUUGAUCGAUCUUGCUACGCUCAUUGCCGGUGAUGCAAACGCCGACACCUUGAGCCGUGACCAAGACCCGUCAUACUACCAAAUUCCUCUGAGCACCAAUGACGCACACCGAACAGGUGCUCGCGAGUUUGUGGUGACUGUCCGCGAUGCCGUCAACGAUGACGGCUCCAAGAAGUAUCCUCUGGACGUCAGACUAAACUGCCACGUCACCAAGGUCGUUUUUGACAACAGCACCUCGCCGCCCACUGCAACUGGAGUCGAGUUCUUGGACGGUGCGCAUCUGUACAGUGCCAGCCCUCUGAGCGGCGGUGUCGGUACUCCAGGUUCUGCUACCGCGUCGCGGGAAGUCAUCAUCUCUGGCGGUGUCUACAAUUCGCCCCAGCUCUUGAAGCUCUCUGGUGUUGGUCCCCGAGAGGAGCUCGAGUCCUUCAACAUUUCCGUCAUCAAGGACCUUCCUGGUGUCGGUACAAACCUGCAAGACCACUACGAGAUCUCCGUCAAUGCCAAGGUACCUACCAACUGGACCGCUUUCGAGGGUUGCACUUUCAGCUUUGAUGGAGAGUAUGACGAGUGUUUGGAUCGCUGGAACACUUCCAUCCUUGGCGACCGCGGUACCUAUUCUUCAGCUGGUUUGGCUGCUACCAUGCUGUACAAGAGUACUGUCACUGAAGAUGAUAGCUUCGAUGUCUUUGUCUUUGGAGGCCCCGUCAACUUCCGAGGCUACUUCCCCAACUACAGCUACAACGCCACCAAGUUGCACGACUGGUUCUCGUGGGCCAUUCUCAAGGCCCACCCGCGCAACAGAGCCGGUAGCGUCACCCUCAGGAGCUCUGAUCCUCUGGAUAUGCCCGAGAUUGUCUUCAACUAUUUCCAGGAUGGAGCCGAUGAGGACUUGCAGGCUAUAUACGAGGCGAUUGAGCUCGCACGAGAUGCCUAUGACCGCCAACUUGUGCCGACCAUUGAGUCGCUGCCUGGCAAUGAGACGGACACGGAAGAAGCCGUGAAGCAGUACAUUCGGGAUGGUACAUGGGGCCACCAUGCUUCGUCCACCUGUCCCAUUGGUACGGAUGAUGAUGAGUAUGCGGUUUUGGAUUCGGACUUCCGCGUCCGCGGAGUCAGUGGCCUGCGCGUCGUAGACGCUUCAGUAUACCCACGCAUUCCAGGCACGUUUACAGCAGUUUCCACAUACAUGGUUGGCGAGAAAGCCGCAGAUGUCAUUUUGGCAGGACUGACCAACACCACUGAUACUUCUUCGUAA